AUGGCGUCUCAAACAAACUCAAAGAUAGAUCUGGAUGCUCUGGUGGUCCAGGUGGAGGGACAGGGGGACCAAAUAGACUCUGGGUCCUACGGAGUAGUCUUUGAAGUUACCGUAAACGGGCGGAAAUGCGUCGCAAAGAAGCUCCACGAUAUGUUGCUCGAAGCUGGCGACUAUUGCCUGAAUUUCCUCGAAGAGUGUCGCAUUCUAAGUAGUUUGAACCACCCCAACGUGGUCGGAUUUGUUGGAGUCCAAUAUGGCUAUAGCAAGAACGACAUUAGUCUGAUGAUGGAGAGACUUAAUUCAAACUUGGCCAACUUUAUCGAGAAAAAUCCCGGUACAAGUACCUCUGAUAGAAUCCACAUUCUGCAUGACGUGUCAAAAGGUCUUCACUACCUCCACUCACUGACCCCUCCACUAAUCCAUUGCGACCUUUGUCCUAGCAGCAUUCUACUGACUGAGGACGGUCUCACUGCCAAGAUUGGUAGUUUUAGUGUCGCAAAAUAUGCAGACCCAUUAAUAUCGACGUUAUCCGAUACUCCAGGAAGUCUUUUAUACAUGCCUCCUGAAUGUCAAGCUGAGCACCUUGACUACAACACAAAGCUUGACAUCUUUUCAUUUGGUGUCCUUAUUCUCUAUACUUUCAUUGAUGACCGUCCUGGGAUUAACGCAAUUCCACCACCAACAAAAGAGGAAAUGUCAGAAGGAAAGGUAGAGCUCAUGCGACGAAAUUCAGCUAUCCAUAAGAUGGGAGAGAAUCACAGCCUGCAUCCUCUUGUGAUGAGAUGCCUCAAUGACCACCCUGAAUGA